UCGUCGUGUUUUUAUGGAGUAAAGAGGAGCCGAGAACAAAGGCUGUGUGGAGCUGGGGGCAGGGAUCUCUCCACACUGGGCGGCUAUGAGCACACAGAAGCGCCAUUGUUCAGUCAGUGUUCUAAGCGCUGUACCGCACGCGUAACCAGGGACACAACAGCUGCACGGCCGCACGUCACAGCAUCCCUCACAGCUCCGCCCGGAAGAAGCCCCUUCGUCUGAAGACACAGCCCCCUCAGCCACGUCACCGGCCCGCCUCUUAAGCUGCUGGGAGUUGUAGUCCGCACCUCGGCGUUCUCCCUCACAGUGUAUCCAGCAGAGCAGGCAGCCAUCCCUGGCGUCCAGUGACAUGUCCUGACAGACCCGAGAGCGGAACCAACGAUCCCAGCGGGCUGUGCGCCGACGAGACCGUAGGCCUAGGCGAGAGAUACCGGGGAGCACAGACACUAUGGCCCGGCCAGCACUGCCGGUGCCCAGCUCCCAGAAGGCGCUGCUGUUAGAGCUGAAGGGGCUGCAGGAGGAGCCAGUGGAGGGGUUCCGGGUCACCCUGGUGGAUGAGGCGGAUUUGUACAACUGGGAGGUGGCGAUAUUCGGCCCCCCCAACACCUUUUAUGAAGGGGGGUACUUCAAGGCCCGCCUAAAGUUCCCCAUCGAUUAUCCAUAUUCACCCCCUGCUUUCCGAUUUAUGACGAAGAUGUGGCACCCAAACAUUUAUGAGAAUGGAGAUGUAUGUAUUUCUAUCUUGCAUCCUCCAGUAGAUGAUCCACAGAGUGGAGAGCUUCCAUCUGAGAGGUGGAACCCAACACAGAAUGUGCGGACAAUACUCCUCAGUGUCAUCUCCCUCCUGAAUGAGCCAAACACUUUUUCUCCAGCUAAUGUGGAUGCAUCUGUCAUGUACCGGAAAUGGAAGGAGAGCAAGGGACGUGAUAGAGAGUACACUGACAUUAUACGGAAGCAAGUUCUCACCACGAAGGCUGAUGCAGACAAUGAUGGAGUAAAGGUUCCUACCACACUAGCUGAAUAUUGUGUAAAAACCAAGGUAUCAGCUCCAGAUGAGGGAUCUGACCUAUUCUAUGAUGACUACUAUGAGGAUGAUGAUAUGGAAGACGAGGGUGACAGCUGCUAUGAAGACCAGGAUGAUUCUGGCAAUGAAGAAUCUUGACACCACCUAUUGUUGCUCCCGUGCUUGCCUCAUUUCCCUAUCUACUCCUCAUCAAUAAAAUAGACACUGAAGA